AACCCGACGGACACAGAGAAACACAAAAGAGAGGUAGAGAUUCAAUUGCAAGUGUUGUUUUUGUGCGAGUGUUAGUGGACAUGUCGCUGCUGUCAGAUCUCAUUAACCUUAAUCUCUCGGAUUCCACUGAGAAGAUCAUCGCUGAGUACAUACGGAAAAGAUAAAUUAGAAAUUGUGCGCAUCCACCGAUCGAAACCGAAAUCGAGGGUUUCCCGAAAGAGGAAAUACGCUAUUGAGCUAAGAAGUUCGGAAAAAGAAAAAAAAUAAAAAUGGAGAGUAGUGCGCGCGGAAGAUUGGAAUCAAUAUCUCGUCAUCUCUUGCAGCCAAGGGAAGCUGAUCAUGCCAUUCACCCUGUUUCACUGAAGGCUGGAAAAUCCGAAGAUGAGGAGGCGGAACCAGUGAUCAUUGGGGGAAUGAUUUUGGACAUUCAUGCUACACCUUCAAUCCCUACGAAUUCCAGAACCACUACUCCUGGCAAGGUAAAAUAUAUUUUAGGAGGCGUGGCUAGGAAUGUUGCUGAGUGCAUGUCCAAGCUUGGAACAAAGCCUUUUAUGAUUAGUGCUGUGGGACUUGAUAUGGCAGGAAAUUUGUUGCUGGAACAAUGGAGGUCUGCUGAGCUAUCAAUAGAAGGCAUUCGGAAGCAUCCAGAUAUCGGAACAGCUGUUGUAUGCAACAUAUUUGACAUCAAUGGAGAAUUAGCAGCUGGUGUUGCAAGCGUAAAAGAAAUUGAAACAUUUCUCACCCCUGAGUGGAUUCAGCAGUUCAAGUGCAAUAUAUGCUCUGCUCCAGUAUUAAUGGUUGAUGCAAACUUGAAUCAAUCUGCUUUAGAAGCUUCAUGUCGAAUGGCUGCAGAAUCUGGUGUUCCAGUGUGGUUUGAACCCGUCUCCGUUUCAAAAUCCAGAAGAAUUGCCUCGGUUGCCAAGUUUGUAACUUUUGUCUCCCCUAAUGAAGAUGAACUUGUAGCCAUGGCAAGUGCUUUGGCUCCUGGAAAUAUGCUCAACACAAUUACAGAACCAAAGAGAACUAAGCCUUCGAUACAAUGUCUGUUUAAAAUGCUAAAACCAGCCAUCUGUGUUUUGCUUGAGAGAGGUAUCACAAUAGUGGCUGUGACUCUGGGAUCAGAUGGGGUGUUCCUAUGUUCGAAGGGAAUUCCUAGCAUCCAGAGAAUCAAUGUGGCGAGAACCAAACUACAUGGAUUUGGUAGACAGUUAUACGAAACUGUGGCAUCAAGAUGUUCCUCAAAUUUGCAUCCUCUUGCAAGAGGGUCUGAGAAAAGCUCUCAUCUUUUUGUUAUGCAUUUCCCAGCACUUCCUACUUCGGUUGUGCGGCUUACUGGAGCUGGAGAUUGCUUAGUUGGUGGGGCGCUUGCUUCCAUUUGUGCAGGCUUAGAUGUUAUGCAGAGUCUGGCGGUUGGUAUUGCAGCAGCUAAAGCUGCUGUUGAGUCGGAGACCAAUGUGCCUUCUGAGUAUAAUGUAGCCACAAUUGCAGAUGAUGCAAGAGCGGUUUACUCUGCUGCCAAAGUCAUAUUCAACCACUCAAUGCUAUGACACGGUUGACAGGGAUCCAUUUGAAGACAUACUUUUGCUCAAAGCUACUGGUGACUAAAUGCCUGGACUUAGUCCUCCAUACUCCUAGGAAUGCAAGGGGAAAGACGUGACAGAGGAAAGGAGAACUAUUGACAUGUGGUGGUGAUGUUUUCAGUAUUGCGUUGAACUAUGUAUAUAGCAACUUGCGUUAUGUGAUAGUGUAUAUAUGUAUUUGAUUAAUAAUAUGCUACGAGAAGCUAUCAUCCGCCUGUCUUCAAAAUGGCUAGAUCGCCAGAAAAGAUGGCACGUUUUUGUUACAAAAUGUUUGGAUUUGAGUUUAUGUAUUUCAGAGUAGAGAUCUUUUUGGCUACCA